AUGAGUUAUGAGAUUGUCAAUGAAGACAUUGUCAUAAAAGAUGAUGAUGAGAAUGACAAUCAACUACAACAACAACAAGCAAUACUGAAUGGAACAAUGAUUGUUGAACCAAUGUCACCCGAUUCAAAUGAACAAAGAUCACUACUAUCAUCAGAGAAGAAUAACAAUAUAAUCAUCAACAAUAACAACAACAAUCAUGAUUAUCAAUCAGCAGAGACGACCCAAGAAUCAACAUCACCUGCAAUUCUAACAGAUGUACAUUUGGAGGACCAUGAUAAUGACGAUGAAGAUGAAUCGCAAUACCUUCCAUUGGAAGUUGAGAAAAUUGUGUCCUACUACAUGUUGAUAUCACAUCUAAUCACGAGAAUGGGUGAUAAGAUGUGGGAGUUCAUUGUCCCCUUGACAUUGAUCGUCAUCACUCCCAAGUCACUGGUUCCAUCAUCACUCUAUGGUCUAGCAAUCACCCUCGUCAGCAUCCUGUUGGGACCAACAGUAGGAAGACUUAUAGACAUUGAAAGAAAGCUCAAAAUGAUUAGAAUAGGCGUUGCCUUGCAAGCACUGUCCAUUGGUACUUCUGGAACAAUGUUAUUCUUUCUCAUGAAACAGUCUACAAAGUAUGAGAGUGUUAGACUGGACAUCUUUGGAAACGUGCCUUCAACUUUGAUGUUCUUGACAUUGUUGUUCUCUUCGUCAUUGCAUUCGAUCGCUGCUCAGAUCAUGAACAUUUCGGUCGAGAGGAAAUGGGUGCCAGCAGUGAUCAAGAGGGACUCUAGCCUCACACGAAUGAACACUCGCAUGAGACAGAUAGAUCUGAUCACCGAGGUGUCGGCACCAUUCAUUGCAGGCCUGCUCACCGUCAUCCCAAAGGUCAGCGCAUUGAAUGCGUUCGUUGCCAUUGCCGCGUUCAACUUUGCAUCAUUCUUCCCUCAGUUCUACUUCCUUCAGGUGGUCCACCAAUUAGUACCAUCACUAAACAACCGCAACAAUGCAGUGGCAAUGGAUCAACUCAAUCAAGAGCAACAAGACUUGGAGUACUCAGAGGUCCAACUGGAGCUCCCCAAUGGUGCUGAUCAACAGCCAUCUACCGGUAGAUCCUGCAGUUGGAGAACCAUCAUCUUGGGUGAGUGGAAUCCGAUCACCAACAUUGUCAAGGGCUGGCGGCUGUUCAUUCGGCAGCCAGUGUUCUUGGUCAUCAUGGCUUUUGUUUUCCUUUGGUUCACCAUCCUCAGUCCACACGACCCACUGCUCACCGCCUAUCUGUCAUCGGCUGGCUACACCAACCUACAGCUGGGCAUCUUUAGAGGUAUUGGCGCACUAUUUGGCCUGAUAUCAACUCUCUUGUUUGAGCCACUAGUACGCCGCUUCGACAUGAUCAACACGGCAACAAUCUACAUCAUUGAGGAGGGUGUCACGGUGUUACUGGCUGGCCUGGUCUUCACUCUGCUGCCAAGCACAACAGUGACCAAGUACAUUUUCCUCGUGUUGAUCGUAGUGUCCCGAGUUGGACUGUAUGGCUUUGAGAUUGGCGAGAUUCAUUUUGUACAGCGCGGCGUCAAGGACGAGAUACGCGGCAACAUCAGUGGUGUUGAGUCAUCACUGACCAGUCUGGCAAUGCUCACAGUAUUUGCUGGAGGACUCAUCGUCAACUCCACAUCAAACUUUUGGAUUCUAGUUUGGGUAUCCAUCGCCUUCAUCAAUCUUGGCGGUGUCACACUUCUUGUCUGGCGAUUCUCUGGCAAGUCAUCAGAAAGUGCCAAACUCCUAAAGAAUAACAAAUAA